AUGGACAAAGAUUGCGACAUGGUAUAUAAGAACAUCUCUGACAUAUAUAAAUCUGGGGAGUUUAAGACCUACGACAACUUUGUUUCGUUAGUUGCUGAAUGUGUAUGGCAGAUAAGAGAUAAAGAUAAAAGAGGUAAGGUAUGGAACGGACAAAUAAAACCAGCAGCUUUUGAGUUAAAGAAAACCAUUGACGCCUUAGUCAUACUAGCAGGUAAGAUUUCAAUGUACAAUGCUAAAAUGAACCCACAAUGUUCAAAAUGUAAAGCAGCAAUGAGGAAAUAUAACUACUCCGUCAAAGAGAUAGAACGUAUGCGAAACGACUAUGCAGACUUAAAGAAAGAAGUAGAGAAACCAGCAGAAGAUAAAAUGGACAUGUUGACAUUUCUGAACAAAAACUAUCCAACAGCUGACGAUUUCCUUCUAUCUGAUGUCAAGAAGAAAUAUAAAGAAACAUUCGGCAUAGUUAAAACAUUCGAUGUACUGACAGAAGAAAUAGAAGCUACGAAAUUGUUUAGAAUUUCACGAAUUCACAAUGUUUACCAUGUAAAACGCUUAUAA